AUGUCCAGCUCCAAAGCUCCUAUCCGCUCAUUAUCCCCUAUUGGGUCGGUUCGGUCCGCCGCGCCGGGCGCACCCACACCAGGACCCACCUCCACUGUCAUCUCUAGCUAUGGCAACUAUAGCAAUCACGGCAAGGACAAUACCAAGGUUGACGUGUUCUAUGGAUCUCGUGAAAAGUUGAGACUGUUCGUCACUCAACUUAUCGCGACUUUCAAAUUGAAUCGCACUAGGUAUGUCACCCAUGAAGACAAGGUCUUAUUCGCGGGACUUUAUAUAAGGGGAUCAGCCUUCUAUUGGUUUGAACCUAUCAUGAUGGACUACAUGACGUCCCCCAAAGGAUAA